AUGAAGAAUACGGUUACCGAAAAACUCUUCCAGUCACCGUCAAAGUACAUACAAGGCCCCUCUGCUAUCAAGAAUGCACCGCUGUAUCUGGGAAGGCUGGGCAAGACAGCACUGUUAAUUGCCGAUGAUUUGGUGUACAAGAUCGCUGGAACAGCGUUGACGACAGCAUUGGAGGAGGCCAAAAUGACAGUCCUGUAUGCUAGGUUCAACGGGGAAGCCUCGGUUCAAGAGAUCACCCGAGUACAGGAUAUUGGUGAGCAGGGCAAGGCUGAAUUCGUCAUUGCUCUCGGAGGAGGCAAGACCAUCGACACUGCCAAAGCCGUCGCCGACAAGCUGGGCGUUCCUUCUGCCAUCCUCCCAACAACAGCUUCUACAGAUGCACCUUGCUCUGCCCUCAGUGUCCUGUAUACUCCGAACGGCGAAUUUGAUCAGUAUUCUUUCUUCCUUGCGAACCCUACCGUCGUACUGGUGGAUACAUCUAUUGUUGCAAAUGCUCCUGCUCGGUUCCUGAGCGCGGGUAUGGGUGAUGCAUUGGCGACACAUGUCGAGGCCCGUGAGACAAGGAAUAGCACCAAUUUUGGUGGUGGCCUUCCGACGCUCGUGUCAAGUGCUAUCACUUCCAAGUGCGAGGAGAUUCUCUUCAAAUAUGGAAAACUCGCGUACGAGGCGAACAAGGUCGGCGCGAUUACCCCUGCCUUGGAGGCCGUCGUUGAAGCAAACACAUUACUUUCUGGGCUCGGCUUUGAAAGUGGCGGUUUGGCUGCUGCCCAUGCGAUUCACAACGGUCUCACCGCACUUGAAGGCACGCAUCAUCUCAUGCACGGCGAGAAAGUUAACUUUGGUACGAUCUGUCAGCUUAUCUUAUCCAACACGCCUCAUGAGGAGAUGGAUCGGUAUCUCGAGUUUAUGAUCUCUGUUGACUUGCCCAUCACUCUGGAGCAACUUGGAGCCAAGGACGCGACUAACGAGCAGCUAAAAAAGGUAGCGGAGCUCUCAUGCUCAGAAAACGAGACCAUCUGGAAUUUGGAUCGAGUAAUUAACGUGGAUGUUGUCUUUCAUACGAUCAAGGGCGCAGACGCUAUUGGGAGGAGUUUCUUGAAGAAAAAAGGGCUGUUGGCGUAG